UGCAGUGUGAGCUGUGAUCCGAAAGAGAGAGAGAGAGAGACACAGAGACAGAGAGAGACAGAGAGAGAAUGGGGGCUGAGAACAGACUUGUCCAUUUAGUAAAGUGGAUCAUCAUCAUCACACUCUUCUUUUUUCUUGGAUUCAUCAUUGGCUGGUUUGCGAGACCUGGCCCUCAACAUCACGAGAAGCCGGACUACCUUCAGAAUUUCCUGAAAGAGAUACAUGCAGAUAACAUCAAACAGCAUCUCAGGAAAUUCACCCGUCUGCCCCACCUGGCCGGUACGCAGCAGAAUCUUCGAUUGGCUAAGCAGAUUCGGGAUGAGUGGCUGGCCUAUGGACUGGACUCGGCUGAGUUGGUCUGGUAUGAUGUCCUGCUGUCAUAUCCCAAUGGCUCCAGACCCAACUACAUCUCAAUAGUGGACCAACAUGGAGACGAGGUGUUUAACUCCUCACUCUCUGAGCCGGUUCCUGAAGGAUACGAGCAUGUGACUGAUAUCGUCCCUCCCUACAGUGCCUUCUCUUCACAGGGACAACCAGAGGGGGAUCUGGUGUAUGUAAACUAUGGCAGGACUGAAGAUUUUUUCAAGCUGGAACGAGAGAUGGGAAUUAACUGCACUGGAAAAAUCGUCAUCGCCCGAUACGGAAAAAUCUUCAGGGGCAAUAAAGUGAAGAACGCAAUGCUAGCGGGGGCUAAAGGCAUCGUGAUGUAUUCAGACCCAGCGGAUUACUGUGCCGAGGGGGUUGAGCCCUACCCUGCUGGAUGGAACCUGCCAGGAGGAGGCGCUCAACGAGGAAACGUCCUGAACCUGAAUGGGGCAGGAGACCCUCUCACACCUGGAUAUCCUGCCAAAGAAUACACUUACAGAUCUAGUCUAGAGGAAGGAGUAGGGCUGCCCAAAAUUCCUGUGCACCCUAUUGGCUACCAUGACGCUCUUCAUUUGCUAAAGAAUAUGGGCGGGGCCUCUCCUCCUGCUGGCUGGACAGGAGCUCUGAAUGUGUCGUAUCGCAUCGGGCCGGGAUUCACCAAUGAUUUCCAGCAAAAUAAGGUGCGCAUGAACAUUCACACCUACAACGAAGUGACCCGCAUCUACAACGUCAUCGGAAAGAUCAGAGGAGCGCAGGAGCCAGACAGGUAUAUAAUCCUCGGGGGGCAUCGGGAUGCAUGGGUUUUCGGGGGGAUUGACCCAGUCAGUGGAGCAGCCGUGGUGCAUGAGACUGCCAGGGCUGCAGGAAAACAAAUGCAAAAAGGCUGGCGUCCCAGGCGCACAGUGAUCUUUGCUAGCUGGGAUGCUGAGGAAUUUGGCCUGCUGGGAUCUACAGAGUGGGCGGAGGACAAUGCUAAAAUGUUACAGGAGAGAGCUGUUGCUUACAUCAAUGCAGACUCUGCCAUUGAGGGUAUGUACACACUCAGAGUGGACUGCACUCCCUCUCUACAUACAGUGGUCUAUGACAUCACUAAACAGGUAAUGAGCCCAGAGAAAGGUGAAGAGCGGAUGACUCUGUAUGAGAGCUGGCACAAACGAGACAACUGGACUAAUGACCGAGAUGCUCCACGGAUCAGUAAACUAGGCUCCGGGAGCGACUUUGAAGCGUACUUUAUCAGACUGGGAAUCACAUCUGGCAGAGCAAGAUACACCAAAAACAGGAAAACUGAGCUAUACAGCAGUUACCCAGUGUACCACAGUGUGUACGAGACGUUCGAGCUGGUGGAGCGUUUUUAUGACCCCUCGUUUCGGCGGCUAGAGGCAGUGGGGCGGGUGCGGGCGGGGCUUGUGUUCCGACUGGCGGACGACCUCAUCAUUCCACUGGAUUGUAACGAAUACGCCCAGUCCCUUGCCCAGUACUCACAUACCAUCGAGCAGCUUGCAAUGAAACACCCGCAGGAAAUGCAGAUGUACUCUGUCAAGUUCGAUGCUCUGUUCUCAGCUGUGCAGAACUUCACAGAUGCAGCAGCAGGGUUCCACCAUCGACUGAAAGCCCUAGAUACUACAGAUGCUCUGGCAGUUCGGAUGGUGAAUGACCAGUUAAUGUAUUUGGAGCGAGCCUUUAUCGACCCACUAGGGCUGCCAGGCAGGCCUUUCUACAGGCAUGUCAUAUUUGCCCCUAGCAGCCAUAAUAAAUAUGCAGGCGAGUCGUUUCCCGGUGUGUACGAUGCUCUGUUCGAUAUUGAAAAUGCUGUGGACCCUCACAGUGCCUGGGAUGAAGUCAAGCGCCAAAUAAGCAUUGCUGCAUUUACCGUCAACUCUGCUGCCAACACACUACACCCAGUGGCAUGAGGUCAGCUCCACAUGACCUCAAACCUGACGAUUCUGAGAUAGACUGUGUAAUGCUUACUGCACAGCGCCUACGAUGCUGACCUCAUUUCAGUUUUCACUGCUAAUAUACUGUAAAACAGUAGUUAAACAGUAAUUAGUAAUGAGAGGAGAAUACUGAGCUGUUUAACAGAGCUACAUGAGCUAGAGACUGAAUGGGUGGGGCUGUACUGCUGUAGGAUGAAUGAGUGGGGCUAAACUGCUGUAGGCUGAAGUGAGUGGGGACUGAACUGCUGUAUGAUGAAUGGGUGGUGCUAAACUGCUAUAGGAUGAAUGCGUGGGGCUGAACUGCUGUAGGAUGAGUGGGUGUGGCUAAACACUUGAAGGAUGAACGUGUGAGGCUAAACUGCUGUAUGAAUGAGUGGGGCUGAACUGCUGUAGGAUGAAUGGGUGGGGUAAACUGCUGAAGGAUGAAUGUGUGGGGCUAAACUGCUGUAGGAUGAAUGGGUGGGGUAAACUGCUGAAGGAUGAACAUGUGGGGCUAAACUGCUGAAGGAUGAAUGUGUGAGGCUAAACUGCUGUAGGAUGAAUGAGUGGGGCUGAACUGCUGUAGGAUGAAUGUGUGGGGCUAAACUGCUGAAGGAUGAAUGAGUGAGGCUGAACUGCUGUAGGAUGAAUGUGUGGGGCUAAACUGCUGAAGGAUGAAUGAGUGAGGCUGAACUGCUGUAGGAUGAAUGUGUGGGGCUAAACUGCUGAAGGAUGAAUGUGUGGGGCUAAACUGCUGACGGAUGCAUGGGUGGGGCUAAACUGCUGAAGGAUGAAUGGGUGGGGCUAAACUGCAGUAGGAUGAAAAGGCUAUAUGUAAAAUACUUUUUUGUAAUGGGGUUAUGCAUUUUUUAUCUAAAUAAGGGUUGUACAGAUAGGAGGGCGGGUCAAGGGUGUUUAAAAACAGUGUUUACAUGCUGUUGUUUUCAUGAAGAAGUGAGAAUAAUACUAUAUUUGUUCUUCACCAUGUGUACCUUCACUUGAGUUUUCACAAUUUUUAGUAUUUUUGGAAAACAUCAACAUUCCAAAGACAUCACUACUUUUUAUAAGUAUUCUCCUCAACUCAGGAUGUUUGUACUAAAAGCAGUGAUAUUUUGAACACGACAAAACAAACCCAUUUAGUUGUAUUCAUUGACAAUUUUUUAAUGAACUGUAACCUUGUUUUAAAAAGCUUUAAAACACACACACACACACACAAUCUAAGCACAGACUGCACAGUGCACAUCAGUAUAUGUGAUGUUCAUAGUAUAAUCAGUAUUAGCCACAGUAAUAAAGACUAAACUGGUCUGUU